CUUAAUCGUACGUGCCGACUUCUCGGUGAAAUCGUUUAAGUCUCGUAACUCAAGUUUUUUUCUCACACGUUCGGAGGAUCUUUUACCCUCUCACCCACGAUAUUGACAGCCUAUAACGAUGACGUUGGGUCUGACCAACCUUACUCAAGUGCUGAUCCUUUUAUUCACUCUAUUGGUCAGAGGAGGAGAAGGUGCAACAGUAGAUGUUACAUUGGUAAACUAUCAAGAUCCAACUAGUUGUUCUCAGGAUGAUGACAGUUGCUUUGUAUCCUUUGAACUGACUAUUCGAGGUCUCACAACUAUGGUAAAAUACGUGGAAAAGGAAACUGAUAAGUUCAAGCUGGAGCCAGGAGGCAAUUUGGACUUCAAACUGGGAAAUGAUGCAUUGAGCAGCGGGGUUUCUAACCCUAUCGGAUUUGACCCUUAUAAACUGGAUGACGUUUAUUUGUACUUGCGGGCGCGUGACAACAGCAACAACAUUCUCUUUGAAUAUAAUAUGAAGCUAUAUGUGACGAACACAACUGCUAACAUGGAAUACAGUCGGAAACAGACGGAGAAGAACGGUCAGGAGUCAGUCCUCACUACCAAAUACAAGGUUUCUUGCGGAGGCAACCAAGGAGGUACAGGCUGCACUGGUUGCAAGAAGAACUACUACGGUACGAACUGCGGGAAGCAAUGUCAAUCGUACGACAAUUUCACAUGCAACACCAACGGAGACAAGAUCUGUAAACUGAACUACUUCAACUCGAACUGUAACGCUUAUUGUGUCCCCGCAUCUCAAUAUACUUGCAACUCGACAACCGGAGAGAAAGUUUGCGAAGGACACUGGACAGGUUCAGAAUGUGAAACUUGUGCAGCUGACUAUUUUGGCCCUAACUGUGACACUUUCUGUCAAGCCAGCUCAGCUAUGAACUGUAGUGAUACUGGGGAGAAGGAGUGUUUGGGACACUUUACAGGACAGAACUGUUCUCUUUGUGAGACAGGGUGGUAUGGGAGUGGAUGUGAUCUUUAUUGUGAUCGUAACAGUACAUUGUGGACUUGUGAUGACCAUGGAAACAAGAUCUGCAACGGAAAAAGAACUGGAGCAAACUGCACGGAGUGCAUUCAAGACUGGUACGGUUUGGAUUGUUCCGUAAAUUGCACGGCAGUUCCUAAUCAAUACACCUGCAACUCAACAACCGGGGAAAAAGUUUGUGAAGGACACUGGACAGGUUCAGAAUGUGAAACUUGUGCAGCUGACUAUUUUGGCCCUAACUGUGACACUUUCUGUCAAGCCAGCUCAGCUAUGAACUGUAGUGAUACUGGGGAGAAGGAAUGUUUGGGACACUUUACAGGACAGAACUGUUCUCUUUGUGAGACAGGGUGGUAUGGGAGUGGAUGUGAUCUUUAUUGUGAUCUCAACAGUACAUUGUGGACUUGUGAUGAACAUGGAAGUCACAUCUGCAUCGGCAACAAGAAAGGGACAGACUGUACGGAUUGUAAGGAAGGUUGGUUCGGAGAGGAUUGUUCAGUAGAAUGUACAGACACAGAGAAAUACAAAUGUACAGACCAAGGCGACAAAACUUGCACUUCUAACUGGAACGGUCCUAACUGUGAUAGAUGUAAGGAAAUGUAUUUCGGACUGAACUGCACGUGCAAAAGAGAGCCAGGAAGAGCGGAGUGUGAUAACGAGGGGGUGUUGCAUUGUCUGGGACACUGGACUGGUCAACUCUGUGAUAUCUGCAUUCCCGGAUACUCUGGACCUCAGUGCUCUCAACCAGACAAAAAUCCUUUCAAUAGGAUUAAGGUGCUGGGGAAAGUGGUAUACUUUUUCCUGGUCGCACUGGUUAGCGUUCUAUUGGCAGUCAUAUGUACCUUCACCAUCACCGUUUUGAGAAAACCAACAAAAAAAUCACUCGCCAGAAUCAGAACAGGAAUCCGGAAAAAUAAGAUUUUCGAUCAAGGUAUUGAUGAUGAUAAUAAGCCGAUAAUGAAAAACAAGGGUAAAAUGGUGUUUAUCGAGGAUAUGUGACUAAAGACUUAUUUUCACAAAAUUUAUCACAAAUUGAUUCGAAGAAUACAGGUCGAAACCGCCCUUUUCGUUUUUUCUUUUGCAUGUAUUUCCUAGUUUUUAGAAUUUUUGAAUGAUUUAUUACCAAUUUCACAGUAACAAGUUUUCCGCCAAAAAGGUA